AUGAGUAUGAUGUCUCGUUCUGUGUUGGAAAACACAUUCGAUGGAGCGCUAUGGGAACAUGACUCUUUGUUCACCAAUAUGGAAGAAAACGCGUUCAGAAAACGCAUUCUGUCACAUUACAACUCGCAAGAAGAAAGUGCUUUCCGUGCUCCCAAGGUCUGCAUGGAGAAGAGCAGCAGUGGGGACAGGUUGCAGUGUGAAGCACCACACUGGUUCCCUCAGCCUACUGUGCACUGAAUAGCCUACAGCAAAUCUUAGGAGUACCUACCUCAGGUUGCCAACACCAGCCAUGAGCUGAACACUGAAAACAUCACUCUGAAAGUCGUUUCCUUUCUGCACCACGUUAUUGUUAACGUCACCUACGCCCGUGUGAUUGAGAACAGCAUUGCCAAGGCUACAGGCAACAUCAAAGUGACAGCACCACAUCAUGCCACAGACGCAACCUGGUCUAAAUGGAUGGCUUUGAUAACCCAACGAGCACGAUUGCAGCUGGUGAAUUUGAACACAAAGUCUGUGUCUUCCUCCCUUCUGGCCUGUCACUGGAUACUUCUGCUUCCCCUGUAUUUGUUGUCAAUAUAA